AUGCCAAAGCAAAAUGGAUCAAGAAGUAGAUCACCAAGCAUUAUAGCGAGAUUGAUGGGUCUUGAUGGGAUGCCUCAUCAUACUUCUCCUCUCAGAGAAUCCAAGCCUGUGGAGAAUCAACAACGCCAACCGAUGACAUUUGAAAAAUCUCGAGGGAAAGAGAUAUAUGGUGUUCAUGAAGCUCUCAGGAGGGGCUCAAUGGAAGAGCGGAGAUUCAAAGAUGUCUUUGAAGUUUUGGACGCAGGAAAAGAGAAGAGCAGUAGAAGUUUGCGUCAAAGGAAGAUGGAUGGUAAUAUAAAGGAGGCAGAGAUGGCGUUUAUACGCGAGAAGUUCAUUGAGGCUAAGCGUCUGUCGUCUGAUGAGAAACUCCGUUAUUCUCGAGAGUUUAAUGAGACUCUUGAGGCUCUAGACUCCAACAAGGACCUCUUAUUGAAGUUUCUUCAUCAUCCAGAUUCAUUAUUCACAAAACAUUUGCUUCAUCUUCCACACUCUAGUCAAGCUACAACUCUAAAAGUGGACGGAGAGUUGUUAGGGAAGAGUCACACAUCACCUCAAUGGCAUGGUGGUUUGAAGCCGACUGAGAUUGUUGUUCUGAAACCUAAUCUUGGGAAGCUACAGACCACUGGUAGAGCUCGCUCUCCUUGCGAUGAGGUCAGGGCAGAUGUCAAGCUUCCAUGCACCAGCAAUCAGGAGUCAAAAGCAUUUGGCAGGUUGAAAGGUAGUGAAGAUGUUAGUCUUUCAAGACGGAAGCCAAGAGAUUCCAGAGCGAUUGCCAGAAUAGUAUAUAGUCAAAUGAAGGGAGGUUGUGGCAGUGAUAGCUCCAUGAACUUUGAGGUUUCAAGGUUUAAAGGUUAUGCAGGGGAUGAAAGCUCGUCUGAGAGUGAUUCUUCAAGAGAAAAAGCAAGAACUGACUUUAACCGCAAGAACCACCGUCGAUCUCUACCUUCCAGGUCACCGGGAUCAUCUGUGAGUAAAGAAGCCAUGAGGAAACUGUCGGAGAGGUGGAAGGUGGCACACAAGUCUGAGCGAGAGACUGAAAUUAGAAGAAGCAAUACAUUGGGUGAAAUGCUUGCAACUUCAGAUAGAGAAGCGAGAGCAGCAAGUUUUAAUGAGAUCACUCUCAAGAAGGGGCUCAGUAAAAGAUCUGAGAGCAGUGUUGGACAGUCUGAAUUACUAGAGCCCAUUGGAAUCAGCAGUAGAGAUGGUUGGAAAGGUACUGGUAGAAGAAAUCUUUCAAAACGCAGAACAAACAUGCAAGAUGAUGAUAGACCUUGUGGUCACACGAUUGUGCUCCCAAAGAAGUUAACCACGCGAGAUGGAUUAGUGAAGCAGAGUUCUAUUCACCACAGGGAAUUUUUCUUGUCUAACAACUCCACGCCCGUUAGUAGUAAUCGCUCGUCAGAGAUCAACAGAGCAAGUUCAAGUAAAAUUCUUUAUCUGGAUAGUGAGUUAUGCAGAGAGAAGCUUCCUGCUUUAAAAACACAGAGCAGCGUAUCAAUUCUUGCAGAUUUAGAUACUGAAAGUGGUUCAGACUAUGAAGAUGCCAAGAGUAACCCAUCCUUGGAAUUGGAACAACUCGAUUUGUCAGCAGUUACCUCGUUAACUAACCAUGAUAUCUCGAGCAGACCAACCGAAGAAGUCGAUCAUUCUUCUAUCUCCCUACUACAUCCUCAAGAAAGUUCCAAGGAGGGAGAUCAACCCAGUCCGGUUUCAAUCUUACAAACUUCUUGUCAUGAUGAGUUUUCAUUCAGUUCCGAGUGCUUUGAGAGUCUUAACGCAGAUCUUCAAGGGCUUAAAAUGAAACUUAAGCUACUCAAACGUGAGUCAGCUACCUACAAGGAAGGAGACAUGCUCGUUUCAAGUGAUGAAGACGCAGAUCAAGAGGAAUCAUCAUCCAUAGUAACUGAUGAGUCGUUGAUCACCAAAGAGCCAAGAGAAGACUGCAAGUCUUUAUACUUGGCUGAUGUCUUAGCAAACUCCAGGUUCUGUGACUUGAACCACGAAAGCUUCGUGGCGACAUGGCACUCUUCUGAUUCACCUCUAGAUUCAUCCUUGUUUGAGAAGAAAUACUCCGGUCUGAAAACCGCAACCCGGUUAGAGAGGAAGUUUCUAUUGGAUAGAAUCAAGAGUGAAAUUUCCGAGCAGCACCCAAAGUGGGAUAUAAACAGGAUACAUGAAAAACCAAGUAGAUAUACAAAGGAGAAGGAGAUUCAGUGGCCAAACUUGGGAGAUGACAUUGAAGUGAUAGGUAAAGAGAUUGAAGAAAUGUUAACAGAAGAACUCAUAGCAGAGCUAGUGUGA